GGAGAGUGAAAGUGUGAGCGUAUAUUGUGUUGCCCACAUUGAAGAGAAUUUCUCCACAUUGAAACAUCCACGAGACGUUCUGUUUGGGAAGAGAGGGACGGGGGGAGGGAGAGCGAGAGAGAACCAGCUGUAGCCCCAGUAAAGGGCGGAGCUUGCUCCAAUGGAGGAGAUGCAGGGUCUCUGUCUGGCGAGGACGCCGCUCAACGGAGAGGCGAGAUCGGCGUGCGGUGGCGAGGGGAGGUAGGUGAGUUCACCGGCUUCAAGAAUGGAGACCUACGCUGAGAUUUUCGGCGGAUUGGCUGCCUCCUGCUCCAUUCCUGUGCUUGUGCUCCCAGAAGUCAUGGAAGGCUUCGAGAAAGAGCUGGAGGGGGCUCAAAGCUCUGGUUUGAACUAUUUGGAGAUCUUUGGAGUUCUAGAUGCAGGAACAUUCUCAUUGUCCUACGAUAAGCUUUUGUCCAUGGAGAAGGGGUUAAAAGAGAAAGAUAAAGAGGACGACAGGUUCUUUGAGAAAACAGAUUUUGGUCAGGUGGAGACAGGACCUUCUGGUUUGCCCGAAGAAGUGCCAGUUGGACACAUCACAUUUUCAAAAGUGAACCCAAUAUCCUCAAGUUUCCACUCAAAUUUUGACACGCAACUUAACUUUUCAGGUAGGACUAGCCAACAAAACAUAGUGGAUGAAGCUAAAAACACAAUAUGUGUAUCUAAGCCUCGAGAUAACUGUGGACCUGAUUUCAAAGCUGAAACAACAUCUCCUACAGGAUUUGUGGAAAAUGACGGUUCUAGAAUUGUGUCAAGUGAUGAUCAUAUCCUCAGUGGAUGUAUGGAAGAAAAAAAGGAUGCGGUAGGACAAAGGGAAUCUCUUAAUAAAUGUUUAGUGGGUGCCACUGUAGAUAAUUCUGAAAAUGAUAAAAAUGCUCAUAUGCAUUCCUCUAAAGGUGCAGCUUGUGAUCUAAAGCAACACUCCUGCACUAAUAGUUAUCACUCGACAUUGAGUGGGGAUAUAUCGUUAUCUGAUUAUGCUUUUUUAACUAUAUCAGACAUCAAUCUCCGCACACAACCUUUGGAAGUACCACCUCCUUUGAGAGCCCCACCCAAAUUAGAUAGGCAAGGAAUGCAUAAAUCUGAGGCGCUUGAUGCUUCAAAUAUUACUUUCAAUAACCAAGUUCAUCAUGUUGGAGGUCCCCGUACGCGUCAUUCACUUAAGGAGAUUGUGAAGAGUACCUCUCCUAUUUAUUCUAACGUGGAGGUGGAUGCCAGCAAAGCUGCUUCUGCUAUGAUAGAAGCAAUGGAACAAGCUCAAGCUAGUCUGAACAGUGCAAAGGAGUUGAUGGAAAGAAUGCAGGACAGCCCUAUGAGUGAUAGGAGGCUGAGCCCUCAUGAUUUUGAUUUCUGGACUGAACAUAAUAUUAUUUUCUCAGGAGAUUCAAGGCAUAAAACAAAAAUGGUGCAAAAGGUAGUUCCCAAUCAGGCAGAGACGGUAACUUCAGUGUUUUCUGAAGAUGCUGAAGAGGUAAUACGAGGGAAAGAUUCCAUAUCUUAUAAGCCAUCUGAUAAAAAGGAGAGGUCUCAUGAAUGGAAAGUAGAUAAGCGGUUUUACGGGUCAUUAAGCAGUGAUAAGUUGACAGGAACCGGAGUAAUCAGUGGUGAAAAGUAUAAUAGCAAUGAAGACAUUAAACUAGAGGACCACCGACUCGAUGCUUGCCAAUACUUUCCUGAAAAAGAAUCAUGUGGUAUGCAAGGGAGAAGAUUUCUCAAUGGUUGUGAUGAGGUUGAAAAUGUGAAUAAAUCGGAAAUGCUGAAUACAUUUAGUAUAAAUGAAAAUAAAUUGUUCCCAGGAGGUGAAUUUCAAUUGCAGGAUGGGAAUACUAAAAAAUUGAAAUCUGUCAUAAUCGAUAAAGAAGAGGCCAUGAACAUCUUCGAAACAUCUGCCAUAGAUGAUGAGGUCAAAGAAAAAAUGGUUCGAGCACUUCAGUUUCCCAAUGAUGACAUAGAAAAGCUAGUAGACCCCAUCAGCUUGAUUCAACAAGAUAGAAUUGAGAAUGAACUAAAGCAAUUUCAGGACACUUGCAUCCGUGCAGACGAUAAAAAUAUUGCUGAUGUUUUUUCAAAAACCAAUGCCUGUGGGAGAAAUGGUUCAGGAUUGGUGGGUUUCCGCAUGAAUAGAAUGCUUGAGGAAUUUUAUGGGGCUGAAGCUCUGGAGGAGAAGCUGGAGCAAGUUAAAGAAACACAUCUGUACGCUUCAGAUUUGGAAGACAUUAGUAAGACUGCUGUUGUUUUUGAGUAUGAAGCGUUAAGGAAGGUGGAUAACUGCAAUAUAACUUCUGAAUUUGGUGUCAAUAAGAAGUUUAGGGAGGCCAAGUUGUCUAGUUUGCAGAAUGCAAUUGAGGUGGAAGUUCAUAGAGAGCACCGGACAUCAUUUUCUUGUGAGGAGGAGGAGAACGGGGAUGCUAAUAGCGAAGAAUGCCAACUUGGCAUGCUUAAGCAGACAAAAAAAGAAACUUAUGCUAGUUGUAAUGAUGGGAAGGAUUCUGAAUUGGAGGGCAUUGUUAAUACUUCUGAGCAGGAAAAUAGGAGUUUCAGUGGCAUUGACGAAACCAAUGAACCUGCUAAGAAACAUAGGGCUAAAUGGAACAUACCAAACAGGAGUGAAUUGAAUGUUGCAAAACUGUUUAUUCGGCCAGUUUAUUUUGAGAAGGCUAAGGAAGAAUCAGAGUUUCAAAAAAUUGAAGAAAAAAAUGUAUAUGGGCUGCUAAAGAAGUUAGAAAAUUCUGAUGCCAGGUUGACCACGGAUGGGGAACAAAGAAAGGAUGAAAAAAAAUUUCUUGGAAAAGUGCAAGCAGCUUUAGAGUUGGAAAAACAAAUUAUGGGAUUUAAUGCUAUUCAGCAGGUUUUCCAGGGAAAAAUAGUCCAGGACUUAAAAGCUGCUCAACGAACCGAUUCAUUGGAUAACAAAGGAAACAUUAUGAGUCCUUAUGUAGAUACUUCUGGAAGUUCAUGGAAGCAAAUGGAUAAGAGUAUACAUGACGAAUGGAGAGAUGCUAACAAUAUGAGUAAAGAAAUAUUGGAUAGGAAAAGAAAACAGGAGGCUGAUCAAAAGAGAGAACUGGUGGAAAAGGAGAGGAUGAGAGAAAGAGAAAAAUACAUGAUUGCUGUCGAAAAAGUAACCGGCGAUGCUUGUGAAAUCGUAUUUGCGGAAGCCUGGGAGAGGUCUGAAAAUAUUGUUUCUGACUGGGUUGCUGCUGAAGCUCGACACCGACCCAUCACAGUGUAUCAAGAUAUAAUUGAGAACUCUUCUCCUGAAUCAUUUGAGAGAUCCGAAAAGGUUGCAAAUGAUGCAAAAUUGCCGGCACAUCGUCUUGCAGUUGAGCAGGCAACUGCUGAGGCUAGAGAGCGUGCCAUUGAAAAAGGCCUUGCUGAACAAGCUUCCCAUGAGGCUAGGAGGGAAGCAGAGAUAUCAAGCAACUGUCAUAAAGAUAAAAACUGGAAACAUAAUGAAGCAGAAGAUAUUGUUAGACCGGGCAAUGAUGAAAGUGACAAAAAUCCCAGACCUACUUUUGAUGUGAUCGAUGCUCCGAUUGACUUGAAGUCUCAGAGUGAAGGUUGUGAGGGUGAAUCACCUUUAAGAUGCAAAGCAAGGCAAGAACGGCGCCAGCGAAUAGUUGAACGUGCGGCAAAAGCUCUUGCAGAAAAGAACAUGCGAGAUCUUCUUGCCCAAAGGGAGCAAGCAGAAAGAAAUAGGUUAGCGGAAACUUUGGAUGCUGAGGUUAGGAGGUGGUCAAGUGGAAAAGAAGGAAACUUGCGUGCACUAUUGUCAACACUACAAUAUAUUCUCGGGCAUGAAAGUGGCUGGCAGCCUAUUCCAUUGACCGAGGUUAUAACAGCUGCUGCUGUCAGGAAAGCUUACAGGAAAGCGACUUUAUAUGUUCACCCAGACAAAUUGCAGCAGAGGGGUGCAACCAUUCAAAAUAAGUACAUCUGUGAAAAGGUCUUUGAUCUACUUAAGGAUGCUUGGAUCAAGUUCAACUCAGAAGGCCGAUAGUAUUUGACAUUCCUAAACAUUGAAAUCUGACUUUACCUAAAAAAUAUCCAGUUUUAUUCGAGGCUGCAGGCAUACUUAAAUUUCUGUUCAUAUAUGUAAUUUUCUUUAAUAUAUGCAACAUUUAUUUGCAUAAAGAAGCAUAAAACAGGAAUCAUAAAACAGUAGGUAAGAAAAACUAUGUGAAUAGACUUGAUGCAGUUGUGUAGCAGGUGAGUUUGGAUGGUAAUUGCUACCCACUUGGGAAGAACAUAGGAUUAGUUUUGAA